AAAAGGCGCCAACGUUUCAGCAUGUGACGCAGUUUAGUUCAAAUUCAAAUUCCCGCUGUAUACAGACAGCGGCAAAUACACCGAGCCUGUCAGCAGCACAGACCCAACAUCUAAGAGCUUCGAUCUGUUCUUCAAUAUACUGAGAGAAGUCUGUGCCGCUGCAUGCAGUGUUUUCGUAAUGGCAAAUACACAUCAAUUACAUUGUCUUGCAUGAAGACCACUCACAGCUAUAGAUCAUGGGUAAACAGCGUAAAAAACGACCAAAUCCAACACAGAAAAUAUAUGGACAGCGAAAUGGUCUCCAAACUGCUGAAAGCAUUUCGGUGCCCUAUUCUCCCUCCAGUCUGAGUUCUAACAUUUCAGCUCUUGGAGGAAGUCAUGUUAGUGCUCAAACCUUGAGUCAUAACAGCAUAUCAGGACCCAUGAUUAUUAACAACUUUUUUGGUGCGGUGACGCCGAAUGCCUCACCUCCUGUCAAAGAGGACAUACCUGUGGCUCAGCAGCCCUUCACUGCCAGUGAGGAAUCAUCCGUUUUCAUGACUCCUAAAAGCUUGGAGAAAGAAACACCUUACAAUCUGAUCCCACAACAGAGCAAAGAAGCAGCCAGCAGAGUUAAUGUCCCCCGCAGGAAGUUGGAUUUUGAUAAAGUCAUUGAGCCACAACAGACCCUGGAUGAGGUAAAUGAGAUGCAGGGAGAAAGUGUUCAUUCACCAGCAGAGGAACCUAGCAUCACUGGACAGAUCAAAUGCACUAAAGUGAUCGUCAGUUACUGCUGUGAAUGUGGCGCUGCAAUCCGCCGCUUUAGGUCCAAAGACUUUAAUGUCAAGUGCACCAAAUGCAAGCUAAACUGGAAGUGUGCCAAAGUCCAGUGCACAUGCAAGGCUGAAAUAACUAUUGAACUGUGCAGUGGUGAAACGCAGACGGUGGCGCUGAAUGAUUCACUGUUGCGCUCGAUUGUGAGCUACAACACAGAGGGAUACUGUAACACGAACCAAAUUGAGGAAAAGAUUCUGAAGAUGGGGAACAUCAGAGUGGACUUUGAAAAUGGAAAACCAAAGAGUGUGCAAGUGACUCCUACAUUGAGAGUCCCACUGUAAGAAUCCCACAGUAUUUGCUGCUGAUUUCAGUCUGCUGUUCUAAUUUGGGCCAUAAAUAAUUGUUUUUAAUCAGUUUAUAUAUAUAUAUAUUUAUUUAUUUAUUUAUUUUUUUUUUCUUGGGGAGACAAUUGUUAUAAAGUGACUGCUCCCUUUGACUUAAAAGCUAAGACCAACCUCUUACAGUGGCUAAUACCGACCUCACUGUAAUAACUGUAAACUAGGGAUGCAACGGUUCUCUGUAUUUAAUCGAACCGUUCGGUUCGGCUUGUUCGGUUCGAUACACCUGGAAGAACCGCAAUAUUUUGUCGCGCUUAUUAACAGAGUGAACGAACGCUCUCAGAAAUGCACAGCCCCGCAGUAAAGCAGCACUGUAGGAUAGCAUACUCGGCCACAUGGCUGGGGGAGGGGCUGCUGCGCCCGCUGCUGAUGGACACGUGUUUUCCUGUUCCCUGCGCGAGGAAGCGUUGCGGUCGGCUGUGCCCUGCGCAGGAAGCGACCGUGGUAGGUGGUGCUUCCUCGCGCGGGGCACAGGCAACCACGGUGCUUCCAGGUCAGCCCGAUGGAGCACUGCAUUUUGGCUUCAGGGUUAAGUUUGAUAACAAGGUAAAAACACAGUCAGCAGAUAAAGCACAGUGUGAUAUCAACCAUGGCCACACUGUACCGUUCCAUCCCUACUGUAAACCGUAUUUAUUGCAUUUACAGGAAAGAAAUACAGCUGUUCUUUUUUCUAUUCCGCUAAAUGUAAGUUGUGUAUUUUACUGUAUAUAUAAUGUAUACCGGUAUAUGUUUUACUGUGUAUAUAGUAGAUGUAAAUUGUAUAUAGAUGUAUAUAGUAAAUAUUUUAUGUUUUACAGUGGCUUGCAAAUGUAUUCAUACCCCUUGCACAUUUUUACAUUGUCAGCUUACAACCACAAACCUGUUGAUGUUGAACAGUUUUACUUGUCCACCACACAUAGGCCUUUGCAUUUAAGCAAAGAGUUCAACUUAGGUCUCACAGUACCUUCUUACACAUGUUUGCUACAUGACUUGUGGCAAACUGCAGACAGUACUGUUUUUCUUUUAUCCAUUCUUUCUUAAAUGCCAAAUUUUUGGAGUUAAUGAUUUAGAAUUUUGCUGUGCACAGAUUUUUCCACCUGAGCUGUGGAUUUCUGCAGCUCCUCCAGAGUGAACAUGGUUCUCUUGGUUCCUUCUCUGACUAGUGCUCUCUUUGCUCGAUCUGUCAGUUUGGGUGAGCGGCCAUAUAUUUUUAGGUUAUGUUGUUUAUGUAUUUUAUGUUAUUUUUGUAAUGCUUUGGCAAUGUUGUUUUUGGCAAUUGUCAGUACAGUCAUGCCAAUAAAGCAUUAUUAAAUCUUC